UCCAUUCAAGAUAAGCGGUGUGAUGAAUACUCAAAUCCUAUCUCCCAAAACUUGUUACUCGGCUUAUAUUGUGUACAAGACAAGAGAUAGAUUUCACGGUUUGAAGCACAUUGGAGUUGGAUUUAUUGGACAAGGAACUCGUGUAACCAAAAGGUGGGAAAGAAAGAAUCUAAUCAAACUGGAGGAGAGGGAAGAUGGGUGGAUGGAGACAGAGUUUGGGGAAUUCUUCACUGAUUUUGAUUGUGAGGAAACUGUGUUGAGUAUUAUUGAGAUUGAUUAUGCCUAUUGGAAACGUGGUUUGAUCAUUCAAGGAAUUGAUAUCCGCCCUACGAAAAGCCCGUAA